AUGACUUGUUUUCGAUGUGGCCAGCAGGGUCACAAGGCUUUAACUUGCCCUCAACGGGAAGGAAGACGACUACAGCAACGGUUGGCUCCUUCUCAGACCCAGUUUCAGGGUAGUGGUCGGGUAUCCACCUACUACCAGUGUGAACAACUAGGGCAUGUGAAGAGACUUUGCCCGCAAUUAGUAGAAGUUGCUAGCGCCUCGGGAUCCCAACAGUCGCAUAACCAUCCACCAGUCUUGAAUUGGGAACAACUCCAACAGUCAACCCUGUCACAAGAUAGGGAACCAUCUACUAGUUUUAAGUGUAAUCAGCUAGGCCAUGUUAAGAGUAAUUUUCCCCAGAGUGAGCGUGACCAAUUCAGUGAUCCUAGUCAGGACGAUGAUGUUAUGGGGGAGUAG